GCUAUCGGCCUCAAAGGAAUUUUUUUGCAUUUAAAUCCGUUUCUUAAGGAAAGUAACUAUUUUAAGCAAUUUAAUGUCGCUAACAAUAACAAACUACAAAAAACCGCCUGGUGGAGUAGUACCCAGGCAGACGGUCGUACCAUUUCGGCCAAAGACAGAGGAUUUCCAGCGAAUACCAAAGUUGGAGCCGGGUAUAACACCUGUAAGAGGGACAUCAGAAGGCGUAUUUCUAAACCAGAUUCCAGUUGUCUUGCGGCCAACCAUGAAAAGAGCAUCCACGACAGUGUCAGCGUCCACGACACCAAUUACAUCUUCGCCAGGUACUGUAGGACAAAUCCUGCCUAAGACGCCAAAAUAUACACUAAAUUUUAGUUCCAGUAGCUCUCCUGCGUCAUCCAGCAGCUCGGUGCAAUGGAAAGUUCGGAGGGAGUCCCAGAGCUUGGGCGUAGCUAUAAACUCACUGCCGCCAAACACAAUCAUCAAGGCGACCACGAGACCAGCAGGAUUGGUGCCGGCCACAUCACCUAUGGUGACUUCGCCACCAAGUACUCCCGCGAGCAGUAGGAGCUCCCUGCAGAGCACACCAACAGUGUCCGCCGUCAGACAAGCUGUGUUUAUCAAGAGGGAGCUUCCCCAGCCUCAGAGAACGAUGCGAAGCUUAACGCUUAGUCUCGUGGAACACGCUCCAAUGCUUCACCUCGGAGUGGCAGCGGAGCACCUGCCCCUGCUGAAGCGACACAUCUGCAGAACCGCCAACAUCACCCACCUGGAUUGUUAUAUCACGCUGCGGAAACUUCGUCAAAAUGAACCUUUUGCCCUGCUUGCCGAACACUUCGAAGUAAGCGAAGCGGAUGCAAAGGACACGUUUAAGCGAACUUUAAUCAAGCUGGCGCGCUGCAUGCGGACGCUAAUCCGGUGGCCGGACGCCCAGCACUACCAAGAACGGCUGAAGCACACGCCUAUAGACUACAGAGCCACUCUUCUGCACGUUCGAUCGCUGAUCGAGUGCGUGGAAACGGACGUGGACGAAGAGUUUCGAUUGGGUAGCUCCACCUACAAAUUUAUACUCUGCAUUAACACAAACAGCAUUAUUAGCUAUGUGUCCAGCGUAUACCCUGGCAAUUGCGACGAUCUCCAGUUGUUUGAGGCCAGCAAUUUUCGGGACGUAGUUCCCAAGUACCUGACCCUCUGUGCGGAACCUGGCAAGGCAGUGAAACGCACGAGGCGAAUCGGAACAGAUGACGACUCGGGGGAUGAGGAAGAGUUCCAGGAUGGGCCAGCUCCAUCGCUAAGCAAAUACCAUGCCCAGCGGUUGACUGGCCGGCUAGCCAGCCAGCAGUCUCUGAGUGUUGUGGACGGAGCUCUCGUUUCGAAAAGAGCCGCGUCGAUUCAGCUGCCGACCUUAAAAGUUCAAGAACCCGCAUGUAGAGCUCAAAUGAGGAAUUUGGUCGAUGGCCUCAGGGAGUUCCGAAUGCUUGGCCAUUCCGCGAUAGAUCAGAAAUCCCUCCUGGGGUACCUCGAUGAAAUGUUAAUUGUGGCAUGUGCCCUGUGCAAUCUAAAGCGGCAGGAGCUGCACUGCUAACACACAAUGUGUCAGUCCAAGGCCUGUUUUAGGGCCAAAUAGGGAGUAAGCUUAAAGAAUAAAUGUCGAAUUUUAAUUGUGAA